AUGAACUCGAUCAGGGUCGUGCUUGCUGUGGUGGUGGCGAAGGGAUGCGUGGCCGAACAGCUGGAUGCAGACACAGCGUUUCUGAACAGUGAGCUAAAAGAAGAGGUGUACAUGGAAGUACCUAAUGGCAUAACAAAUGCUGAGAAGAUGAUGUGCAAGCUGGACAAGGCAAUCUACGGACUCAAAAAAUCUGCAAGUGCAUGGAACAAGACGAUCCAUGCUGUAAUCCUACGGAUUGGUUUUCGAAGCAGUGGAGCAGAUCAGUGUGUCUAUGUCAAGGGCAACAAUGGCAACUACGUCUCUGUGUAUCUUUACAUCGACAACAUGAUCAUCGCCGCCAAGACCGUAGAGAGAUCCAAGAAGUCAAGACAGCUCUGA